CUGUUAAAGGUAACUUCACGUGCUUCCGGUUUACUGAAUCAACCGGGUAAAGACAUGGUGGUUCAGGAACAUUAGUAGGGCAAAGUGAAUUCGAUUUUAAUAUUAUCAUAUAAAAAACGAAUUAGUAAUUACCUGUAAAUAUGGAUUCACUUUCGACCGGUUCGUUAAGUAGUUCGGAAAGGGACGAGUUGAUGGGACAAAUUAAACAACAAAUCGCCGUUGCUACUGCCCAAGAAUUACUUGAGAAAAUGACAGAGAAAUGCUUCAAAAAGUGUAUAAGCAAGCCUGGUACUUCGUUAGAUACUUCUGAACAGAAAUGUGUAGCAAUGUGUAUGGACCGAUAUAUGGACGCAUUUAAUCUCGUAUCAAAAGCUUAUAGUGAAAGACUACAAAGAGAGCGUAACCGAAUGUAAAAGCCAAACGUGAAUGCCAUUAGUGACGUUCAUAGUGUCAAGUUUCAACAUAGGAGCUAAUAGAAAUAAUGAUUACAAUCUAAACAACCUCAGUAGUGGCGAACCCAAUGAAAGAAUUCAGAUACAAUAUUGGUUUGCUCCUUACCAUUGCGCUACAAGAGUCAGUAAGAAUUUCUACAGUCUAUGUUACAAAGCAAGCAUUCAGUAUCGCUAAGUAAUUUAUCCUUUAUUUAGUUUUUUUAAUAAAAUCUAAUUAACUUUAACGUAACAUUUAAUAGAAAAAGUAUAUUCCAUAAUAUGUAUAUAAAGAAAAAGAAAUUAAAAUGAUUUACAAAGGUACAUUUAAAUUUCACAAAAGUAGUAUCGUGUAAAGGAAAUGAGUUUAUAACUACUUCAGCCACAAAAUUUUCAACGAUUAUGAGCUUACGUUUUUAGCUCUGUUUCAGUGGUUAUGGUCUGAAUUUUAUUUGGUUAAUUGAUGCAGCAACGGGCUAAUUUAAAUAUCUGAAGGCAAAAACACAACACUGUGAAUUUAUAGAUAGUUAAUAUAAUUAUAUAAUAAAUUAAGUAUCUUAUGUAUAAACGAAAUUAAAACAUGUUAUAUUUUUGUUACAAAUUUUGUAGUUAAAUAUAUUAAGUUAUUAGCUGAA